CAGCAUUUCUCUUACUUUUAAAUUUAUUUCACGCAAAUCUGUACAUUAUGUUUAUAACAGACUGAAAUAAAAUAAGUGUCGUGACUUAUUUGGAUUUUGAAGCAAGUCUCGAUUCAGUGUUUCAUUAGAGUUCAACAAAACUUCUGCAGAGACGCGACGCAUAGCUUACAUAAAUGCCAAAGGAAAAGAAGGUGAUGAAAGCUGAAGGUUUCACCAUAAAAGCCAACAUGAAGAAUGCCGUGGUAGUGGGCCCCCCACCCAGCAGAGCAUUUCAGCAGCGCCCCCCUAAACCAACCAUGUUUCGCAUGUUCUACAAACGUGGAGAUUUCCCGAUAGCCCUGCAGCACAGCAACAAAGGCAGCUUCAUUCAGUGGAAGGUGGACAUUGCAAAGAUGGACUACAGCCAUUAUCUACCUCUGUUCUUUGAUGGGCUUUGUGAGACCACUCAUCCUUAUGCGUUCUUUUCCCGCGAAGGAAUACAUGACAUGCUGAAGCAUGGAGGCCCCAAAAUCCUGCCGGUCAUUCCUCAGCUGAUCCAGCCCAUUAGAAGAGCUCUGAACACAAGGAACCAUCAGGUAAUCUGCACCACCCUGAAAGCCCUACAGCAACUGGUGACGUCUGCAGACAUGGUGGGAGAGGCACUGGUGCCCCACUACAGAAUAAUACUUCCCAUGUUCAACCUCUUCAAGAACAUGAACAUCAACACCGGAGAUGGCAUCGACUACAGCCAACAGAAAAGAGAGAACAUCGGUGAUCUGAUCCAGGAAACUCUGGAAAUGUUUGAGCACUAUGGAGGAGAGAACGCCUUCCCAAACAUCAAAUACAUUGUUCCCACCUAUGAAUCCUGCAUGGUGCUACAAUAACAGCUGAGUAGAUUUACAAUGCAGUGAAAAUGUUUGUUUUUGCACCCUCCACCACCUUUCUUGGUUUAUUAUAAUUUUGCAUGUUUUCACACUUAAUUAUCUCAGAUUUUCUUACCAAAUUAGUGCAACACUGAAACACAUAAAAAAAAAAAAUAAAUCUGGUUAUUAUUAUUAUUCUUUCAUCAUGGGUUCUGUUACAUUAUACACACCCAAGCUUAAUUAAUGUUGUUGUCAAGUUCAUUAAACAGGAUCCACGUAGAGGAAACAAAACAUAGUUGCAUGAAUGUGGUGCGUUAAGCUGGUCACCCAGGAACUAGAAACGAUGCAAGGACCUCUAACCUUUGCUGUGAGCCAGCACAAGGGAUGGCACCCAAGAUGAUCCCCUGAGCAUGUGAGCUCUGGCUGUGGGUGUCAGCUGACAGAGGAGAGCUCCAGGAUGUCCUCCAGAUAUGCAAGCUCUGAACACCCUGAGGAUUUGUGGGAGUCCCGCUACGUUAGUGGAUAUCAUGGCUGGCCUCUACGACAGAACUGUGAGUGCUGUGCAGAGACUCUGAACUCUUUCCAGUGAUCUCUGGAGUCAGUCAGGGAUGCGUUGUGCCCCUAUCUUAACACUUUCCCCAACUGGGAAGGGUUGUGGAGUCAGUUAUUUGGGUGUAAUUUUCAGCAAGGCAAGGUAUCGUGAGGUCGCUCUGUAACAUUAAGCGGGGUGGUAUGAGUGCUGGAUGUUUGCUUGUGAACCCAACUGGGACCCUGUGCGCCUUCCUGUC